AGGGGCUCCGGCCAGGGUCGAGCUGCGGUAAUAACGGUCACUGCUGCCUCUUUCCCUCUCCCAGAGGCCACGCUGUGGGUGCGGUUGUCCGUUCGUCCCCUGGGGAUGCCGUUGACUGCAGCAGCCUCAGGCUUGCGUGGGCUGUCUCUGCCUGGCCUCCCUCUCCUCGCGGCGCGGGAGCGCAGAGGGGCAGGCGGAGCGCUUACUGGCUGUGGGCAGGAGCUGCGGAAGCUGGAGAGGCCACAGAAAGGUAAAGAAGAAGAAGGGGAAGGCCGUCUGGCUGGCAGCUGCCUCCCGCUGCAGGCAAGAGAGAGCCUGCCUCUCCGGGUGUGGGAGCAUCCCUCCUCGUAGUCCGCAGCAGGUCAGACCGCCAGGGUCUGUAUGCACGACCAGCAGCGGGGUACGGCCACGUAGCGAGCGAGCGAGGCUACGUGUCUAGGAGGCCUCAUGUCGUAAGAGCUGUGAGACGCUCGCGUGUUCCGUUAUGCGGAGGACAGCCAAGCGACGGGAGUUCCAGAAGAAGAAGGGAGGAGAGAAGGAGAAAGAAGCGUCUGAGCUGGCAAGGUCUCCUGGCAGCUCCAAGAGCGAGAGCUGUGUGUCACCUUCCGCGUCACACAAAGAAAAUCCUGCGUGGGUAAUUCCGCUUGCUGCUCAGCUGGGUGUCAGCUGGCACCAUUUCGCCGUGGUUGCCCUUUCUUCUGCCGUGACGGUAGGAGACAGAUGGAAAGAUUCCGUAGUGGUCUGCAAGUACAAGGAGUACUCGACAACCUUACUGAGAUAAUUAGCAUCUGUGCUAAAAGCAGUCAAGGUCAAAGAAGAGAUGUGGACAAAACAGGACAAAUUGGCGGCAUCUGUGUGUUUUCCAGGCUUUCCCAGGAAGCACUAGCAACCUUGUAACUAGUGACAGUGAGUCCUGAGUGUUUUUGAUGAGUUACUGCUUCAGUAAUGUAUUUUUUCCUUUAACCUACAGUGUGUCAUUUUGACUUCAGUUGGAAAGAGAUUUUCCAAAAUGGAAGUCUUUCUCACUCAAAGAAGUUUUGUUUUAUGAACUUCCCAUCAGAGUGGAUCUUCAGAGGUGAUCGACUUGACGGUAGAAGUCAUCAGUAACAAGACUUUUCACUCUCUUUAAAAAAAGAAAAAAAAAAAGUCAAUUUCCUUCCAAAGACCCAAGCACAGCCCAUCUUCCUAAAGUUGAUGGCAUCGCUGGUCUUUGGUUUCUCAGUUGUAACAGUCGAGGUAACGUGAAAACGUGUUGCUCUGCAUGCUUCAGUAUAGCCAAAAGCAUUAGGAAAUCUGCCGGUCCUUUUUGGUGGUCUGAGGUAUUGCAGCACUGGGGAUUUUACAAAUUGACUUGCAUUGUUUAAACUGUAACUGCCAAAUAGCUGUAGUAUAUAAUUUAUUAGGUGUAUGUAAGCAGUUAGGUAUUUUUCUAAAUGUUUAAAAAGAGAGGCAACUGAAUGUUAUGGGUUUUUUUUCCCUGAUGUUUUGGCGGAGUGCUCUGAAGUACUUUCUUUCUGUCUGGCUUUCAAUGGUGCGUUUCCCUGGCAGUUCAGUAACACCUCUCUUGGGCAGCGCAGCUGGCCAGGUGUCCCUCCUCAUUACGUAACACACACAAAAACCCUAGUCAAAUUAUAACUGUGUACUUUGGAGAUAGAUAAUUUAAUGGUAUGAAUUCAGAGCUGUGCAAGUUAAGGUAAUGCAAAAGGAAAAUCAAAUACUUUUAUAGUAUAAGUAUUUUUAUUGGAUGUAUAUAAACGUGGGCACACCUUUUUAGUGUAAAGUGAA